GGCGUUGGGAAGUAGGUCGGCACGCGGUCGAGUCCUGUCCUGUUUCGUCCCCUGCUGCAAGGAAUUAGAAACAUCGCGUCAGAUCUCUGAGGGGUGUGCGACGGUGUCUUACAAAUUCUCACCGGGGUGGACGUCUUUAAGACUUUGAGGAGGGAUUUCCGCUCAGUUACUUAAAGAUGGAAGGAGGAGGAGGCAGCAGUAGCGGUGGUGGCAACGUUUGUAGGUGUAAGUUGAUCGUGGUAGGAGACGAGAGAGCGGGCAAGACGGCCUUACUACAAGUCUUCGCCAAAGACAAGUUCGUAGAGGAGUAUGUCCCGACAGUGUUCGAGAACUACAAGGCAGGAUUCGAGGUGGAGAAACAGAGAGUAGAGCUGAGUUUAUGGGACACAUCAGGACAAACCGCCUAUGACAAUGUGCGCCCCCUGUCCUACCCUGACAGUAAUGUCAUCCUCGCGUGUUUCGACAUCGGAACACCAGAAUCUCUAGACGGAGUGGUCAAAAAGUGGCACCCAGAAGUGAGAGAGUACUGCCCCAGUGCGCCCAUCCUGUUGGUGGGCUGUAAGGCGGACUUGAGACAAGACCUGAAGACCGUGACAGACCUGGCCAUUGUGGGGAGGAGUCCCGUCAGUCAUGAACAGGGAAUGACGGUGGCAAAGCAGAUCGGAGCAGUGGCGUACGUGGAGUGUUCGGCAAAGACGUCGGAGUUGAGCAUCAGGGACGUGUUUGAGAUGGCGACGCUCGCGGCGCUGGGCAAACUCACCAAGGCCCUGCGGCAGCGCACGCCGAAGAGACACGUGUCCAUAAAAAUGAGGCAGAGCCGCUCGGACAGUCGCAUGAGGGACUUGAGGGAAUUCCGCGGCGACAGGACAAAGAGCUGCGUGGUCAUGUGAUCGUGCAAAGGAUGCUGGGACACAGACUGUAUAGAGAUUAUGUUUCACUACUUAUAGGAACGCAGAGUCAGUGAUUUGAGGGACAGUCGGCGCUUAGAUGCCACGUACGAUGCUUGAAUCUCAAGAAGAGAAGGAACACACCUGUCUUAUAGUGUAAAAAGAGAGAUAUAGUCAUUCCUGCAAAGUUGCUGACAAGAACGCUUGAGGAAGUGGUGGAAGACUGCAUAAUUUAAAAGCAAAAUCUGUUAACCCUAGAGAAUGUUGAUUGUACAAAGAAAAACUGAUGUGUCAUGUGUACAUAGCUCCUGCUGCUAUUAGCAAAUGUAGAGAGAGACCCACAAUAUUGUACUUACUGCCUAGAUGUUAGGCCACGUCCACAUUUUUUGGGGGAGGGGCAACAGGUCUAGAUUUUGUUAAACUUGAAAAGAAAAUGUGUCAGCUUAUUAUCAGACAAUUUAUCAGGAGAGUCAUCUGCCAUAUGUACCAUAGUGAGAGGUGUUUUUUGCUGACUUGAUUAUGUGCUCCAAGAAUAAGGAAGGGGAGUUGUGCAAAGGUGCUUUCCUUUAAAAAAAACAACAUAGAGGUCUUGAUAGGACCAGUAUUGCUUAUAAUAUGUUUUCUUCUUCUUAAGGAAUAAAACUGCACACAUGAUAUCAAGAACACAUUGGGUAGAAGGAGAAAAAAGCUUUUCUUACAUAUGUUUGAAACUCUCACUGGUAUUUAUAGAUUUUGACAAAUAUUUAUACCAGAACACACAACGGAAGUUCACUCUGGGGAUAUUUAUAGAUUCUUCCACAGGCUAUCAAAGCUCGCUUGCCCUUUUAUUUAUUUCUUCUUGGACACAAGGUUUCACAGAGUUAACCUAUUUCUGCCCCAGUGUGUUCCUUGCAAGGGUAAAGAGAGUUAUACGUUCUGACAUCCUAUAUUCCUACAUAGGUUUAGGUUUGACAGAACACACUAUCAAAACAUCCAACAGGCAUCAAUACAUUUCUAGGAUGAUUUGACAUAAAGCAAUUCCUGUCAGUCUCUCUCAGAAACAAAUGAUUUUGUUAACAGCCAAAAUAGCACAUCAUUUUCUUGCUUUGUCUUCUCUUGCUGUACGUAUGAUUAUAAACUUGGUAUUUUGAAAGCCAUUAUAGUUUGUACAGGUUAAAGUGACAGAGAAAACGGCUUAGAUCAUUUGUUGUAUGACACCCAGAGAGUCAUAUAAGAUGGUGAGGAAUCUACUGUAAUAUAAUAUUAUUAUUCAAUGCUUUGUUGCUUUGGUGCAGGUUGUGUUCUGAUUCCAGAUGUAAAUAAACUUUGGGAACUC